AUGUACGCAGCACCAUGUAGCCCGUCUUCUUCUAUAUUCAGUGAAAUGCUGGAACUCAAUGCAGCAAGAAAUAGUAGCAAACGGGACUAUUCAGAGGAGGAACAAUUAUCUGUUGGAAGUAGUUAUGAUGCUGCUAAAAGUUCACCAGUAUUUUUUGGUCGCUACGGACAAAAACUUUCCGAUUCUGUUGCUGAAAUUCGCGAAGGAGAAGAUGGCACGUCGACAAGAUCCUCAAUGUUUCCCGAAUUUGAUGCCUCCAUCAAUCAUCCCGCAACUUUUGGUUAUGUUUUGUUGGAUAGAAAACCAGUUGCACCUCCAAAACAAGAAUCUGUACCUUUACCUCAUCCCAAAGAAUGUGAGUAGUAGAUAAGGCAGGGGACAUUCAUAAGAAUAAGUACGGUACUGGAGGUUCAUCCCAAUUAAAUUUGAAGAAAAAAGGGAAAGAUAUCUGUGUAACUCCAUACAAUUCUAAAGCAAUGCUCAUGUCUCAAAGCUAAACUUCCUUUUUUUCAUUAUUUUCUUUUGUCAUUGAACUGCAUGCGUUAAUGAUUUAUUCUAAAAGUUAUGUCUGUUCUUGAGCCUUCUGGCCCACCCAGCCAGAGCUUAUACCAGUUUCUAAGUAGCAUGAAGCAACUAAUUACUACUCCCACCUGGAUAGGAUGCCAGUCUACUGCAGGAAAGCAUUUUAUCAGGCUUCCCUGACACUAUUGGCCAGUAUCUAUUUUGCCCAAGAACAUAACACUUUGACCUGGCCAGGUCUCAAACCUUCACUUCUUGGCUGAGUCCAGUGAAGCAAACAUUAGGCCACAGUGUACUGUCUUUCAAUGAAGUAUGGGGUUAUUUAGAAAUCAGGAGAUGAACUUUCUAUUAUGCAUCAGAGGAUGCUGGAAGCCACACUAAUGGAUUUUGAAUAAUUUCUUAAAGAUUUCUAUAAAGCCCUAGACUAUUCUAAAUCAACAUUGUAGUCCCAAAGGUAAUCUAUUGCUUUCACCAUUGUUUUCAUUAUCCAAGAACUCUAUGUUUAAUGAAGUCCUCAAUUGUGCGGAAAUCAUGCUAUAAUUUCCUCCACACCAGUGUUUUUGGUUUGUUUCCACUGCCCCACACAACUAUUGUUUGAUGUGUUUCCUCAUAUCUUUUAAACUUCAACACCUGGAAAGCCAAUGAAAGUUACAGUAGGUGAUGCAUUUUAAGUUAUAGUUUCAAAAGCCUCUUUUAUCACAUUUCCUCAUUAUAAAUCAGGUGUUUUCUAAGGUAAGCACUUUCAAGACUCCACUUUUCAAACUGUUCACAGAACUUUGUAUUUUCAUUGGCAUUACUGGGUAUACAGCAGAAGAGAAUAGAGACAGCUCACCUGGUACACAUGUAAAAAGAUCAAUGAGAAGGGAAAGGAGGAAUAUCAAAGAAAAAGAGAGAAAAGGAGAAGAAAAUGAGAUUUUCAAAAUAGAACUUUUUUUCCUAGAGGAGGGGGCUCUCUCUAGCAUGUGUGUUUAUACUCAUUUGCAAUGAAGGUGUAUAUUUUAUUGAGGAGCAUGAGUGAAAAUGCAUUACAAUGUAAGGAUUUUGGAAUGGAAAUACUUACAUUGCAGGGUAGCCUGUGUACAGCUGCCCAUUACCCUCCAAAAUAAAAUUGAGAAGUGCCUUUUCCAAUUUUCUUCUGGAAGGUAAGGAGCAGCUGCACGAAGGCUAGUGCCCGGUUCCAUUCUUGACUUUUCUGCAAGUUGCCAUCUGGGGAGCUGAAGUUAUAAAAUGGUCAUCAGAAAUCAAAUUUGAGGCUGCCAAAAAAAGAGACACCUUGGGUGAUAUUACAUGAUAAAUUAAACCGUCAACUGCAGUGCUUGUCACUGGAGUAAACAGUUAGGCUGGAGUUUGUAUUUAGAGAUUUGCGUGUCAUUUCUCAAGGUCAAAUCAACUGAGGAGAAUGAGGCAAAUUUUUACAGUUGAAAAUGACAGUGCAUGAGUAUUUUGUAAGAAAAUUUUCGUACCAGUUUGCAGAGGUUGCCUUUCCUCAUACUGCAACCCAUCUUAGAAAAAAGGUAAUUAUGUUUCUCAUUUGCGAUUUUCACCAUUACAGGCAGUCCCAGAGAAUACCUAGAUGCUUAUAUGUUUCCAGUUCUUUUACCAGCAAUCGAGCAAAUGCUGGUAGCUGCCAAAGAGAACAAAGUGUUUGAGGUUUGUUUUUCAUUUAAAUUACUUUUAGGGUUAUGUAUGUUGAUGUGUGUGUCCUCUGUAUAUUUUACUCUAGAAGGAAAGAGCAUGAGGAAUGUUUAGGAAAUGUUAAGCUGUCUCUCUGGUCUGAUUUAUUGUUCUAUACUUUUUCCAUAGAGGAGAAGAACAAAGUUUAAUGCAUGUGAUUUUUUGACGGAGUUCUUGUACAGGUUAGCAGAUUGCAUAAUUAUAUAUAUUAAUUAUGGUUCUGAUUUUGGAAUAGAAGAAAUUUAGACUCAGGGAUGAGGACUGAAGAUUCAUGAUAGGUUAACUGGCUUUGCAGAGAAAUAAAUUACAGAGAAACCAUUUUCUCUCAAGCAUCAUGUCAACAGAAAAGCAAAUAUGAAGUUUUACUAUGCAGAGAAUUGACAGAGCAAUUGUUUUUGACAUCUUCAAAAACCCAAGUGGUGUAAGUUGGACAGCAAGAAACAAUUCACUCAGUCAAGGAAACUAAUGCAAAAACAAGUUGCAGCCGAGAUAGGAAGUGAUUCAGCCAUAUAAGUGGUACCUUUUAACCCAUACAUGUCUUAUACAAGCUGUAGUAUAUGUGAGACACGAUAAGUACAUCCUAUAGCUAGGAAAGUUUCAGGUCAUUCUAUCUUCUGAGCUGCAACACAGAUCACUGAAGGGAAGGAUAAUGUACUUUCUAUCUUGUGCACAGGAACAAUCCCAGAUACAAGGAUAGAUCUAAUGUAGUACUGGAAGACAUUCCUUUUGUGCAAACAAUACUGGCAGAGAAGUAAGUUAUCUUAGUAUCUCAAAUGACUUAAUGUAAUCAAUGAUUAACUCAGAGCUAAUUGCGAUAGUUGCAGUGCCUAGAAGUGACUAGAUACUAGGAAACAGGGGGUGGAUUUCACCUGUAUCAGACUGGUGUCCAGUCCAAGAGAAGUAGAAAUGGCUCUCGCUGUUUCAUGCCGUGGAAACCAGGAUAAGCUCCUGCAGUAAUAAGCUAUGAUGAUUGUAAAACUUAAUCUAAUUUUAGCCUGUGACUAUGGACAGCCCUUGUCUUUUUUAAGAAUUAAACUAUUUUUUCUCUCUUUGUUUUAUUCUCGUAGUCCUCGCCCUCCUUUACCAUUGUCUUUGCUUCUCAGCGAUGAGGAGGCCGCGAUCAUCAUUCAGUCAUUCUUCAGAGGAUAUCUGGUAAAACUUUGCAAUUUCUAUAAUUUUCCUUUACCUAGAAAUAUCAGAAAUGCAAUAAAUCAUCUCGUUUUGAAUGCCAAAAACUGAAAUGUCUCGAUAGAGGCUGACCUUUUUUCAACCUAAGAAUAUGAUAAGAACUCGUACUACGGUUUGGAAAACAAACAUGUACUGAUGCUUUUCUUUUAUCCUUAACCGUUUGACCCUUCAAAGUGACCAGCAUCUAAUUUCUCCUCACAAUAUCACCCCUGAAUCACUUAUUAAGGUCACAAGAGUAAGGCAAAUGAUCACCAACUAAAGAGGGUUUGGAUUGUUCAACAAAUUCUCCUCGUUGGCACCCUAGGAAUGUUUAGACAACAACAUGGAGAAUAGGCACGUUGAUCUUAGAGUGUAAAGGGUUAAUUAGCCUAGGAAACUAUUUUUCUUGCCAGCUGGUUUUGUUGAAUUUUGAAUAUGGAAUGUUGUUGAAUAUGGCAUCUACACUCACUGGUCUGUUAACGUUAUAACGUAGUGCGGAGAAGUUAUAACGUGCCCUUACAGCAAAAGUUGCAGUAAAGGUCUUAAUACAGUCUCUUUUUAAUCCACAGGUGCGCAAACAUCCAGAGGUUCAAGAGUUAAGAGAGUACCAGAAAGAAAUGAGAAAUGUAAGAGAUUUUGAGAGAGAGCACUCUUAACUAAAACAUAUUUAGCCUGUUUCAGGCGUUCAGUUAGUAAAACGAAGCGCGAUACCAAACGAUGCGAUAGUAGGGGAAAAAACGACGGGGGUGGGGUCGGGUCGCACUAAAACAUUCUUCGUUUUUUCACUGCGCUACUAUUGCGUCGUUUGUUAUCGCGCUGGAUGGGGUCGUACUACUGAAUCAAAUAUAAUGGGGUUGCAUUUUCAGUGAAGUUACGAGAAUGGGGUCACACAUUUUCGUUAUUUUGGGAUGAAGAAAAAUCUGGUGAGUAGGGAUUUAAAAAAUGGGACGAUUCACCAGUCAAAAGUUGUCAACGGAUUAUCAAACUAAAAUACAGUUAGAGUUAAUCAAACUAAAAAUAUCAGUUGUAGUGUUAGCGCAAUAAACGUCAUUAUUGAAUAUCCCAGUGGUCUUAACAUGUGCUCAUUACUGAGUUUUGAAAAGAGCAGUAAACCUCGCGUGCUUUCUACUGUUAUUUUUGUUACAGCCUAGGCUUUGUUAAUCUCCCAUCUGCUACUACGUCCACUCCUCCUCUUGAGUUAUAAUUCCUGUUUAUCCGAUUUCUGCUUGCUUGGUGCUGCCAACGCUUUCAGAAAGUUCUGCCCGUGCGUGGAAACACAUCCUUCCCUUCGACCGCAUGCUGAGUGCCAGAUUAAGUAGGAGCGGUUAUUAGUAAUUAGAUUUUAGUAUUAGCUCUAACUUUUGAAAAUUAUUGUAAAGCGCUUAGAGCAGCAAUGUAUAAGCGCCAUCGAAGUGAUGUUAUUAUUGUUAUUACGUGGGCCUCCCUCUUGUUUCAAUUUCUCUGUCGACUCUGAAUUUGGUUUUUUUGUUAACUUUCGCUCUAGGAAGCUGUCGACAUUUUCUUAAAAGUGGAAGACUUCUGGAAGAAGCAUCCAGUGGAGGAUGGAGACGAAGAAGAAAAGAAAGCUGAUUAAUUAUUUCUUCGAUAUUUUUGUACAGAACAAGAUACCUUUACAAAGAGCAGUUCUUAUGAAGGGAAAUAUUUAUUUCGCCAUCGAACUUGUAAGUGUUGCAAGUGCCAAAACGAUGAAAAUAUGAACUACCUGAUACUAUAAUUUUAUACGGUUACCACCCAUAGUUGUAACUUGAAAGAAAAAGUCAGUUUGUUGUUGUGAAUAAGUGGUCUUUAAAUAUAAAUCGACCCUAAGAAGCUUUGAUCUUGAAACGUACUCUUCUUGUUAGUGUAAAAGAGAAUGUAGGACAAAGAUUAUGGAUAUUGAUGUAGGGUGUUAAACCAGAUUCGAGGGCCGCUCUUUUAGUAAGAGUUCAUAAUAUAGUUUGUUUCUUGCCCAUUUAAUUCGAUAGUUUGUUGAAAUUAAAGCCGGUCUAAAAUAUGAG